UUUGUACAUUGGCAGCAUCCGUUCGGAUGCGGAAUUUGCGUGCAGUUUGCAGUUGCUGCAAGUGAGUGAGGAACCAGAAGGAUGAGCUUCGAAAAUGACGAUCUCGAUAUGGAGCUCGCCUGCUCGGCGGAGCAGGCCGAACAGGAAGCGAAGGCAGCGGAGGAAGCGAAGGACGAUAAAACGCUAACCCAGCUGGUGGAUGCAGAGGAAUUCCUUGCCACGGAAGGUGUACCGCUGCUCGAGUAUGAGAAGCAAAUGUUUUUAGAUCUACUACACACCGAUGCGCUGGUUGUUUGUGCGAAGGGCAUCACGUACGAACGGGCGAUGCUGAAUCUACUGAAAAUAUUCUGCGACACUUCGACGCUUGUGCUCGUGGUAAACUGUUCCGAGGCCGAGGAGCAGUACUAUCGCACGAAUCUCGACCACUCGGAGCACAUUCACGAGUCGGCUAAGACGGCUGCGGAGCGGGAGCGGGCCUACCUGCAGGGCGGCAUACAGUUCAUCAGCACGCGCAUACUGGUGGUCGAUUUGCUGAAGAACCGCAUCCCGAUCGAACUGAUCACCGGUAUGUUUGUGGUGCGGGCGCACGAAAUCGUGGAAUCGUGCCAGGAAGCGUUCGCACUGCGGCUCUACCGGCAGCGCAACAAGGUCGGCUUCAUCAAGGCGUUCUCGCGCAACGUGGAAGCGUUCACGUACGGGUACGGCCAUGUGGAGAAGGUGAUGCGCAAUCUGUUCGUGAAGGAGCUGUUCAUUUGGCCCCGGUUCCACAUGACCAUCCAGCGGUCGCUGAAACCGUACGAGCCGGGCGUGGUCGAGAUACAGAUACCGAUGACGCAGAACAUGAUACUGCUGCAAACGAACCUGCUCGAUCUGAUGAACUAUCUGGUGAAAAGCAUCAAAACGCUGAACCGGUUCGUCGAGCUGCAGGAGGUAACGGUGGAGAACUGUGUGACGAAAAAGUUUCACAAAAUACUGCAAGCCCAGCUCGACACGAUCUGGCACCAGCUCAGCUCGCAAACGAAGCUGAUCGUGGCCGAUCUGAAGGUGUUGCGCAGCUUGAUGAUAUCCUGUCUGUAUGGUGAUUCCGUCUCGUUUUACGCGCUGCUGAAGCGCUAUCGCACGACCGAGUACGCGCUACACAAUUCCGGCUGGACCAUACUGGAUGCGGCGGAGAAAGUGUUUACGAUUGCAAAGGAGCGUGUGUUUAAUCGAGAAAAUGAAUUUGAACCCGAGCUUUCCCCAAAAUGGAAAGCCCUUUCGGACGUGCUGCGGGUGGACAUACCAAACGACAUAAAGGAAAAGGCGCGCAAAAUUCGGAAACAGGAGGAACGGAACAAGUUCAUGCAGCAGCAGGUGAAAAUACUGAUCCUAUGCCAAGAUUCGCGUGCCUGCUAUCAGCUGAACCAGUUUCUGACGCAAGGCCCCGAGCGCUACCUGUUCUAUCAGGCGAUCAAGAACGACAUAUCGAUCGCGAAGCUGUCGGAUGAGUUUAAACACAUCACCAGCGAGACGGAUCUGGCCGCGUACAGGAUACAGGAGUUUGAACCAGUCGCUCGACCAAAGCCACAAACCACACCGGCCGUUCCGGGGGCGAAAGGUGAAGCGACCGGCAGCAGCAGCAGCGCAAGUAAAGGAGCCCCUGCAAAGGGUGGGUUUUUGCGUGAACGUAUCGCGAACAAGCGCCGUGAGCUGGCCGAAGAACAGGAGGCCCGCAAGCGCAAAGAAAUGGAAGAACAGGAAGCGAAAGAACGCGGAGAGGGUGUCGAUGAGAGCGGUGGGGCGAAAAAAUCGGACAUGGAAACUGAGCUAGCCGCGGUGCGGACGGACGAGCAGGACCAUCAGCAAUACUUCCGCGAUGCGUACGUACUGACCAUGUCGCAGCGGACGGUCGCUGUGCCGGUGGAUGCUGCGGACGAGCAGUCGUCGCAGUUCGACGUUAGCAUGCUGGAGAGCGGUGUGUUUGAAUCGUUCGUAGAGAUGGAACAGAUGGACAUUACGACCGUGGUGAAGGAAUCGAACCGCCCGCUGGUAUUUAUACAGACGUUUAAGAGUGAAACGAGCGGGCUUGGCUCGUUGGACCGCACGCUGGAACAGAUACGGCCCCGGUAUAUCGUGAUGUAUCACACGAACGUUACCGCUAUACGGCAGAUUGAGGUGUACGAAGCGCGGCAGCAGCGGCAGGAAAUGGCACGAGUGCGUGUGUACGCCAUCAUUCAUUCGAAAACGGUGGAGGAGCAAUCGUAUUUGACGUCGUUGCGGCGGGAGAAGCAAGCGUUCGAGCUGCUGAUCGAAACUAAGCGGACCAUGGUUGUGCCGGAGUACCAGGACGGCAAGUCGGAGGACACGAUCAUGAUGCUGCAGAAGAAGCAGGAAAUUUCGAGUCGGCAGGCUGGCGGACAGGAAGCAAAGGACCCGGCCGAAAUCGUAACACCGCGCGUGAUUGUCGAUAUGCGCGAGUUCCGUUCCGAUCUGCCCUGUCUCAUCCACCGACGCGGGAUUGACGUAGUGCCGCUGACCAUCACGAUUGGGGAUUACAUUAUCACGCCGGAGAUCUGUGUGGAGCGGAAAUCGAUCUCCGAUCUGAUUGGCUCGCUGAACUCGGGCCGCCUGUACAACCAGUGCGUGCAGAUGACUCGCUACUACGCCAAGCCGAUCCUGCUGAUCGAGUUCGAUCAGAACAAACCGUUCCACUUUCAGCGCUACUUUAUGGUAUCGAGCGCUGGUAGCUCGUCGUCGACCACCUCAUCGUCGUCCGGUGGCUCCACUAACGAGGACAUUAUGGCAAAGCUGCAACUGCUCACGAUACACUUUCCAAAGCUGCGGCUGGUUUGGUCGCCGAGCCCGUACUCGACCGCGCAACUGUUCGAGGAGCUGAAGCAGGGCAAAGCCGAACCCGAUCCGGAUGUGGCCGUCAAGAUCGGUUCGGACGAGGCGGGCAACGAGGAGUCCGACACGCUGGUGGACGCUGGGCUGGCUAAUGUGGAGGUGCAAGAGUUUUUGCUAAAGCUGCCCGGCAUUACGACACGCAACGUCGGUCGGGUAAUGCGCCAGUGCAAGAGCUUGCGCGAGCUGACGCAGAAGACGGAGGCCCAGCUGGAGGAGCUGCUGGGCGGGCCGGCGGUGGCCAAACAGCUGUGGGAUAUAUUGCACUUGGUGCACAAACCGGCACAGCCGGACCCGAGCGACAAGCCGUACGGUGGGAAGUUUAAGCGGGGCGGGAAACGGUUCUGAGCCUGCGCUUUUUUUCGUAAUUUUCAUUUUUGGAGCAAAAUGUUGCUUUCGUAUUUUGUAGUUAAAUUAUUUUCGUUGAGCUAGUAAAACACUUUCGAUCGAGAAACA